CCUAUCAAGAUAUGGCAGGCGGGGUUUUCUUGCUAGCAAGGCAUAUAACCAUGGCUCCAAGCAGAAUUGAUGGGAUUAGCCUCUUUAACUUAUUAAUUUUGAGUUCUAGAGGGAUGGAGAGGGAGAGAGAGAUUUAGGGUCCAAUUUCUUUUCUAAGAACAUUUCUUUUCAUAAUUCUUUUUGUGGUUCUCUCUCAUUUGUCCUCUCCACUCUCUGACACACUGCUCUCUACAUGGCGUAAACCCUUGAUGCCUGAUAGUGCAAGCAAAGCAAAGGAAGCACCCCCACCUUCUUCUUCUUCUUUUUUAAUGCCCUUCACUAAAACACACUGUCUUCCUCUUUUUCAGUAAAAAAAUCUGCUUUUCUCUCUCUCCCCUCUCUUCUUUUUGGCCCUCAACACUUCUAUAAGCUCCUUGUUUAGUGCUUGCUUCCCCAGUAAAACCCACCUCCUCUCAAACUCUCUCCCAUCUCUCUUCUCUCUUCUAUCUUCUCCUUCACCACCCAUUUGUUACACUCCUUUUUCUCUUCAAAUCCUCCCCCCUCUUAGCCAGAACCUUCUUGUUUUCUCUUACAACCAUUGCGGAAAGUGUUUAAGCUCGGUGUCAUCAAAUUAGACGAGUUCAUUCUUGACGCUAUAUAUCUUGUCUUCCUAUUCUUUAAGCCACUUCUUUCUUUCUUUCUUUCUUUCCGUUUCUAGAGCUAGGUUCCCAACUAGCUAGCUCCCAUGCCCCAUCGUUUUCUUACUUGUAUUUUAUAUAUAUAGGGUCUAGUGUUUGAGGGUUGUCUCUCCCCUCCCCUCCCCCCCGACCUCUCUCACUCUCUUUCAAGAAAUGGAAAUGUGUGGAGAGACAAAGUGGUUCUUUUGAUCAUACAUAUUGGUAUUGACAGCUCCUGAGUCUACACCGCUAGUGAGUCUCCUGCUCCCUUCCUUUUCUUCUAAGUUGACCGUCGAAGUAAGAAUUAAGAUGGGCGUUCAUGAAGGUCUAGGUAGUUGCUGAACCUUUUUUUUUGCUUUAAUUGAGCUUUUUUUUAUCAAAAGACUGACCACCCUUGUCUGUCUUCAUCAUAUAGCAACCCUCUCUUUCUUUCUGCUACGCGAUCACCUUAAGCUAGCAAAGUCCAAAGCUCCUGUGAUUCCUAAGAUUAGGUCUUUUGUUUUUGCUUUUGUCUCCUUUUAGUUUUCGAGGGGGUAGAAGAGUUUCUAAGAUCGAUAAAUAUGGUGUCAAGUGUUCAAAGCUAGGUUCUAUAGUCUCCAAGUGUGUUGUGUUGCAUCAAGAAAAGUAGACCAUUGCCAUUAUUAAAAAGGAAAAGGCCUGGGAUUUUAAGAAAACAGCCCACUUUUUUAAUUCUAAUCAUUAAGCCUCUUAAUUGUGCUUCCUGUCUGGUUCUUUCUCUUUUGGUCUCCAAACAAACAAACAAGAAACAAGUAAAAUAUUUGUCCAAAAAGUGGAGAGGAAGGAAAUGGAACUUUCAAGUCAUGAGGGGGGGAUCCCCAUCCCACUGAACAGUACAUUUGGAGGGAGUCAUGGGCAUGGACAUGGCCACUUGAUCCAUCAUGAUCAUCCUGCAGUGCCCCACAACCACAACAAUAUCAUCCCUUCCCCGGCACCACAAAUCCCCAGCUCCAACAAUGGCCCUUCCAUAACAACAGCAAGUAUAGACGACAAUCAUGUGCCUUACAAGAAAAUGGUUAGGUACAGGGAAUGCCUCAAGAACCAUGCAGCUUCCAUGGGAGGGAAUGCCACUGAUGGGUGUGGUGAGUUCAUGCCCAGUGGUGAAGAGGGUAGCAUAGGAGCUCUCACUUGCUCAGCCUGCAAUUGUCACAGAAACUUCCACAGGAAAGAAAUUGAAGGUGAACACACCUCAUGUGCCGGGGAUCAUUGCUACCAUAACAGCCCACAUUUCAACAGGCUUGGAAGGAAAGUUGUUUUAGGUCACCACAAGAGCAUUCUAGGCCCUGAGGCCUUAGGCUACCCUACAGCCACUGGUACUCUUAUACCCUCGAGAGCAUCAGCACCCCACCACCAGAUGAUAAUGUCCUACAACAUGGGGUCUCUUCCUUCAGAAUCUGAUGAGCAGGAAGAUGGAGGUGGGGUACUGAUGGCCAGGCCUGCACAGCUGAUGAAGAAAAGGUUUAGGACAAAGUUCUCACAGGAACAGAAGGAGAAAAUGCUCAACUUUGCAGAGAAAGUUGGGUGGAAGCUACAAAAGCAAGAAGAAACAGUAGUGCAGCAGUUCUGCCAGGAGAUUGGUGUCAAGAGAAGAGUACUCAAGGUUUGGAUGCACAACAACAAGCACAGUCUUGCUAAAAAGAACCCUUCCACCACCACCACAACCACUUCAAACAGUUAAGAAGAUUAGCCCAGCACAUUAUCAUCUCUCUAUCUCUCUCUUAAGUAGCCAGAUUUGGUUUAACCCUACUUGUCAGUGAGAAGUAAUUCCUCUACUACUACUUUUUUACACUAUCUUUUUCCCCUUUUUUUUUUCUUUUUUUCUUUCGGACCUGUUUCUAGUAUUUAGGAAAAUUGGGGUUUAAUUAAUCAUUGGAGAUUUCAGUCUUCGGGUGGUGUUUUUGUCCAUUAAUCCAUUUUUAGUACAUGGAAGUGGGUUGAUUGAUUAUAUAUGCAAUGCUUGAGUUUAAAUUA